AUGUCUACAAUCCAAAUGACCAUCGAGGAGUACAUCGAGCUCCAGGAGAAGAUAGCAUCGCUCACAAGAACGGUGGGAAAUCAGGAAUACCAGAUCAAGAAGCAGCUGAAGUACAUUGUGGAUAUGGAGCAACUCAGAGAAGUAAUCGAGAAGGAAGCUCAAGAGAAGAUCAAGAAAAUCCAGGAGGAAGCCGAUUGGAAAAUUGAGAUGAUGGAAUUGGAGUUCCAGGAGCAAAUGGAGAGAAUGAAGAAGGCGUGUAAAAUUGAGGAUGCUCCAGUCUUCCUCACCUACAACGAUUCGAGAACUGGAUGGGAUUCCGACGACUCGGGACGUGAUACCCCUGGACCGGAGCCAACGAACGAUUUCGACGGAAUCCAAUUCUCACAGGUCUUCUCAGAGAUGUCAAAUAAGUUGAUAGUUGCUGACGAAGUAACCAGCUCGCUGAAAAAGAAGAUCGAGGAUCAGGAAGAGGUCAUUCGGGCGUUGAAAGGAACCAAACCAAUUGUACCGAUCCGGCCAUCAUCAAAGCAAGUGAGGUCACUGGAGUCAGUCAAAGAGGAAGUGAAGGCGACAAAGGAAGAAGAGGAAUAUGACAUGGAUGUCGAGAAUCUGAAAGCGAGAAUGAUGGAUAUCAAGUUCAUGGAAGAAUAUUUGUAA